AACGUACUGUUUCUUAUUAUUCAGUCAGCCAUUACUCUCGCUAUUUUUCAAUCGACUUCGGCGUUCUAUACAGAUUACAUUAAGUACCGUCAGCAUGUCACUGGCAGAAAGAAUAGGAAUAGCGGUAUUUGCCGUAUUUCUAUUUGGAAAAUGCGGUGCUUUUAUUGAGACAACUAUGUCCAAUGAGUACAUGAUUUGCAGACCUGUUGCAGGUGUGUUUGGAACCUUGGGCGAUGGAAAAAAUAGUUCAGAAAAGGGAAUCAUGCCUGUUUUGCAGGGACCGGAAGGAUCUCCAGGUCCACCAGGAAAAACAGGACUUCCGGGUCCAAGAGGAGAACCAAAUUAUCAAAAAGUUUCCACAAUUGUUGGAGACAAAAUGCACUCGAUUAAUGCUCGACUAUUCAAACUUGAAUCCGAACUCGCAAGCUUAAAAGCCAGUGGUGGUGGCGGCGGAGGCGGAGGCGGAGGUAGUUCUGGAGGCUAUGUUCCACCCACACAAUCGCCAGAAGAUAUAAAAAAUGCCAAAGAUUGCAUGGAUAAAUACAAAAGUCCGAUCAACAUAGGCACAAUGUGCUAUAACAUAAUUGGCGGUGAAGGGUUGUUGUGGACAUUUACAGCGGCCGAGUCAAAUUGCUCAAAACUUGGAGGAUAUUUAGCCGAUCUAAAUUCUCGUGAAGUGUAUGACAAAAUAUACAACUACAUCGAUCAAACCUACAGCACAGUGGUGCAGGCCUGGACUGGUAUGCGAUACGAGCGCAGCAGACUUCUUAAAACAGAUGGUACAGAGCCAAUAUUUGCCAAAUGGAUGUCUUACAAUCCUCGUAAGUCGACAAGUUCAUUCUCAUCGUAUUAUAGAACAUAUACGUACGUGCUUGCUAAUAUCGAUACAAGUUCGCGUAUUAAUGGACUUCAGAACGUACCGGGUACCCGGAAAUUGGCAUACGCUAUUUGCCAUUUUGACACAUCUGGAGCUGCAACUACAAGGAGAAGCACCACGACACAGAAAACGACAAAGACCAUGCCCUAUGCAAACAGGCGUUACCACUACCGCCCAGGUCUCGGGAAUGAUUAUUACUGAAGAGAGUUAUUUUAAAAACUAAAACAUUUAACGUUUCAAACUUACUGCAGUUUGUGUUAUCGACAUUGAUUUGGACACAUUCAUCCGAUAUUUAGAUUUUGUUUUACGUAACCUCUGUUGCUGGAGGCUAAUUGUGUCUAUUAUUGAAUUUAAUCAAAAGACACAUAAUGCAGCACAGAUAUUUCUGCUCUCGUGACGUUGUAGGACAACGUAAACGUCGUGAACUCAAUGAGGUGACAAUAUGGUGAUUUUUUUUUAUUAAUAAUUGUGUCAUUUGCACCUUCUCUAUAGAAAUUUCGUUCUGAAAAUUAUUGAUUGAUUUACACCAAGUUUGUUUCAUGUAUGGAAAGACAAAUCAAGUAUAUAGUCCUGGUUAAUCUUACAUCGAGAUGCUAAAACUAUGUAAAAAUGAAAAUGCGAACUGCAAAGUUACUCCGAACAUGCAGAUUCUAUUCGUUGUAAUGAGAUUUUAAAAAAUGUCCUAGAUUGCAAAUUUCACACAUUUUAUAGUUAUGUUAUUUGCCGCUUCGUUGAAUUUGGACACUUGCAUAUGAACACAGUUUAAGUUAUUUUAUGCAAUUCAAGCGAAUUAGAAACCUUUGGGCACUAUUUUAACGCCAUGAGCGGA